GGGCUCCCACAAUGCCGCGCGCGGAAGUUGCGCAAGACUCUGACGGUCUCGAAGUUUUUCGGACAGCAGUUAUCGGACAAUCUAGCGUUUGUAAACCAACAGUGAGUCCUUUAAAAGCUUUUAAAACAGCGUGAAAGGGCACGCUUGGUUCUGUCAGGCCCAGGCGUGAUCCAGUGCGUCCCACUAUCUUUAUUCCAAGCUUAGCCACUAGAGGCCUGCUCUUGAGGGCGAGGCCUGAGGAAGAUGUCGUCCGCCGGCCAGGCCUCCUCCCGGCGGCAGUGGUGCUACCUGUGCGAUUUGCCCAAGAUGCCAUGGGCCAUGAUAUGGGACUUUAGCGAAGCAGUGUGCCGCGGCUGUGUCAAUUACGAAGGUGCAGACAGGAUCGAGUUUCUCAUCGAGACAGCACGGCAGCUGAAGCGCAGCCAUGGUAUACAGGACGCCCGAUCUCCCGGGCCGCAGUCCACGAAGCACAAGGAGGUUCCAGUGGAGCGAUUCGAGAGAGCUCGCGGUGAGUAUGGCGUGCCAUCGAGGUUGCCUAACGGCCUGGCACGGCCCGAGGAGAGCGUGCACCUGGAUGCCAGUCGCCAAAGCCCCAAUCCGAGGAGAGCCAUUGUAGGAGCCGUGCCUCCCAGUUUGAUGGCACAAGGACUAGUCAGUACACCCCACGGACUCUUGGCAACCGUGCCGGGUCGUCCAGUGGGCGCCUCUCUGAAUAUUGCUACACCCCUUUUAAAUGAUUUAAGCAAACGCCCGGCGCAGAUGGGAUUUGGCACCUUAGUAGUAGCUGAUUUUGACAAAGAGCCGAAAGACAAGCAGAGGAAUGCAGAGGUCCUGGCCGAGCUGGCAGACAGCACGAGGAACCGAACGGAAGAGUGGGCUGGCCGACCCAAAAUGGUACGGGAGACACUGAUCACACUUUCCAGUUGUAUCCCAUUCAACGUUCGCUUCAAAAAGGAUCACUCACUGGUGGGACGUGUCUUCUUGUUUGAUGCCAAACCUGGCCUGGAAUUUGAGCUGAAGAUCUUUAUUGAAUACCCCAGCGGUUCCAGCAACUUCUUUUCUAGUCUGCUGAGCCUGGCCAAGCAGAUGUUUCAUGACUGCAUGAAAGAUUCCAGUAAAGUGAUCAAUUCUGGCUUUAAAUAUGUGGAGUAUGAGAAGAGGCAUGGCACAGGAGAAUGGAGGCUCAUCUCUGAACUGUUGACUGAUCAGGUACGGGCAUUCAAAGAGAGCCCAGUCCCUGAGCUUCUCCCUCAUGCCUAUAUUGACAAUAACUGUGCCAUUUUGCCAACAGCAUUGUGCCCACUUACCCGGAGCUUGACAGGCCGUAGCACAGGGCGGCGCAGAAAGGCUUCUCCUGAACCAGAGACUGCAGACGGAAUGGUGAAACCACUUGGGGAUGAUCCACCUCAGCAGAAGCAGCAUUGGCUUCCCGUAGCAUCAGCUGUCUAUGCGGGGGCACCUCACUUGCCAAUUUCUAUGACUGUGUCAGCUGGACAAUCCAACCAGCCAUCCUUACAGGAAGGGUUGGCAUCCCACAGUGAGCAGUCUCCCAUAACUGCUCUGAUGAGUGUGGCGGACAGUUUAGGGACCAACCAGUCCCCGAAGGACUCUGUUGCAAACAGCAUGGUUUCAAGGCAGAGCAGUGGCAGCCCCUCAUCUUCAUCUUCUCCAGCAGGACAGCAGCGGCGCUUGGCUUCACGAAGUGGAGAGCAGACGUCUUUUCAAGGAUCCUCAAACAGCAGCAUCCCCGCCGGUCCAGGUUCUGAAUCAAGUGCUGGGGAGACAUCCACUACUAGCAGUGUCCCCCUCUGCUGUACUAUCUGCCAUGAGAGACUCGAAGACACACAUUUUGUCCAAUGCCCAUCAGUGCCAAGUCACAAAUUCUGCUUUCCAUGUACCCGGAAUUUUAUAAGGGCACAGGGAGUUAGCAGUGAGGUGUAUUGCCCCAGUGGGGAUAAGUGUCCCUUGGUAGGCUCCACUGUACCUUGGGCAUUCAUGCAGGGGGAGAUUGCCACCAUUUUGGCAGGUGACGUGAAGGUAAAGAAAGAGCAGGACCCAUGACUGUUUGAAACUGGGUUUUGAGAGACUCAUUUGAUAUCCAUGAACUACUAUUGCAGAAUAUUAUGUGGGUUCAGGGGUUCCUUGAUUGUUAUGUCAUAAGCGUAUUUUGUUCAAAAUUGCUGGAU